AACGAAAUCUUGUUCUGAAACCCUACAUUUUGUUUCCUCUCACAAAUAUACCGCCACCCUCGUCCCUUAAGCCAUGGGUCGUGGAACCUUUUUUCAUGCUGUACCAGUAAUCCUUGGCUCUAAUUUACCUCCUUAUCGUUCACCUCCUUAUCGUCCAACUCCUAAAACUCCCGAACAAGAACGACAGAUCAUGAGUGAAUAUUUGUACCUUUUGGUGUCAGAUCUUGAACCAAUGUUGGCACCAAAAAUCACAGGAAUGCUUCUACAAAUGGACGAAGACAUUAUCCUUGAUUUGAUAGGAUCACCUGAAGCCCUCAAAGAAGCUGUCAAAGAGGCAACUAAGAUUCUAGCUGACUGGAUUCCGCAACAGCUAAAACUGGUAAAGAAGGAAGCUGCUUGCAAGUUCAUGGCUUCCAUCAUCCCUAAACCUAAACUCUGAAAUGUGUUUAUGGUUGUUGUUUAUCAAUAUGAGAAUCAAACCCUGGCUUCAAGUCUAAGUUUUGAAUCUUUGUUUUCGUUUGAAUAAAAGUAUUGAAAUAUUAUUGUUAUUGACAAUGACAAUAAUGUUAUGAAUAAAAAAUGUUUUGUUUUUUC